AUGGAUUUGGGCGAUGUCUCCUUCGACGGUGUCGUGAGUGCCCCCGGGGGCGCUGACGUCGAAAGCCCAGAAGUUGCAAAGAUCAAAGAGAUCUUUCGGCGCUACGACUUGAAUCGGGAUGGUUCCAUCAGCCAUGGCGAGCUUUCAAAUGUGCUGAAGGCACUCUGUGAUUCCAUUUCCGAAGAUGAGGUCAGUCGAUUGUUUGCCAAGAUGGACGCCAACCAGGAUCAGAGGAUUCAGAUUGAGGAGUUCGUUGAUUUCAUCUUCAGCUUCACAGACAUGUCCGAUCGCGCUGAACUGCAGAUGCGGGCGAAGAACGAGGAGCUUCUGGAGGGAGAGACGAAACCAUCAGGGGCAGAUCGCUACAAGCCCAGCGCUGAUUCUGGCGGGUUGGACAUUUCUGAAUGCGAGUUCGACCUUAAAGGCGAGGAGCCUGAUCUGCCGGGCGUGGUUCGGAGCCUUCAGCUGCUGAACGCCCAGGCCCUGCGCGAGGUCUUUCAGAAAGCAGAUGUUAACAAGCGUGGCUUUCUUCGCUUGGCAGAUAUCAGGCGGAUCCUCUUUCCAGACUCGGCAGACUCCUUGGACAAUGGCUUGGCCGUAGUGAAAGUUUUUGCCCAGAUGGACAAAAACUCUGACGGCAAGAUUCACUGCGGGGAAUUUGUAUCCUACAUCAUCAGCACAAAGCGCCGCCUGUCGCUCACAGCUUCGAGUUCGGACAAGCGCCAGAUUGCUACAGCGUUCUCUGCGGCAGAUGCCGAUGCCAAUGGCAGCAUCAGUAUGGAGGAGUUUGAGCACCUGUUUGGUGCAAACACCGCGAGCGACCAGCAGAUGUUGCAGAAUGCUUUCGAUUCUGUGGACAAGAACAAGGACGGCAGCGUGUCCUUGGUGGAGCUCGCCAAGGUUUACGGCAAGGAGUUGGUGCACGAGGCAAAGGGCCUGGAUGUCUCCGGCAGCAUGGAUGCAGGAGACGAUGAGAGUGAGGAGGAGUCCUGA